UGGGUGACAGAUGAAAUGGGAUAUCGCUUCGAUAGACCAAUCUACUUCGAGUGUAAACUAAACAAGCCAAUGCACAUUGGGAUGCAAUUAUUGCAUCCAGCUCCAGCUGACCACAGCGUGAGUAUAAGAAGGCAGCAGGUGCAGUGCAUACCAGCUUUUUGCUUCAGAGGCAAGGGACAACAUCAUUCUGCUCCGUCCAAGUGUCUUCAAUUGCAUCACAUUUUGGGCGGCAGGAGGGAAGGGGGCAGUUGCUUUUUAUCUACAUUUCACAGACUUCACGGAUUCAUAUCACCUUUGCUCUUAAGGGUUGUGAAUAAUUCUUUUGGAAAACAGCUUAAAAUGAAAUAUUGGGAGAUGUUUCUCUUUCUUCUAUUAACGCUCAUCGAUGUCUCAACCAAUGCUCAAGAAGUUACCUGCGAGGGGGAACAGCUCAUCAACAUUGACAUUUUAUUUGGACAUCCAAGUAUCGUUUCACCUUACAAACCUGGACAUAUUUUAGUUUUUCGAUGCACUGAUGAGAACCUGAAGAUGCAUGGACAUCGAGUAAUUGAAUGCCAGUCAGAUGGAAAAUGGGAUCAGCCAUAUCCGACAUGUAGAGAAGUUACCUGCGAGGGGGAACAGCUCAUCAACAUUGACAUUUUAUUUGGACAUCCAAGUAUCGUUUCACCUUACAAACCUGGACAUAUUUUAGUUUUUCGAUGCACUGAUGAGAACCUGAAGAUGCAUGGACAUCGAGUAAUUGAAUGCCAGUCAGAUGGAAAAUGGGAUCAGCCAUAUCCGACAUGUAGAGGCACAGGGAAGUGUGGUCCACCACCAACAGUGAACGAUGGAGAUACAACAGAUAUUACAAAAAAGGAAUACAAUACAGGAGAUAGAGUUGAAUACAUCUGCUUUAGUAAAUACAGACUGGAUAUGCGUUACCCUUUCUCCAGAUACUUGACCUGUCAGCAAGGCGAAUGGAGCGGGAAUGUUAAGUGUUUAAAGCCCUGUACAGUGACAGUGGAGAUAAUGAAUGAAAGAGGAAUAGAGUUCGCCUUCGGUGGUGAACCAAAGUUGUUUGCACCACAUGAUGAUUACCUCACCUUUAAGUGUCAGUGGGGCAAAAGAUCAGUAGUUGGGAGUGUUGGCUUCAGACGAAAGUGUAAUGAUGGAGAGAUGACUUUGCCUGAAUGUGUGUGACAGUGGAAAUAAAACAUAGAUGAAGCAUCAGCUGUACUACUAGGCAAAAAGAACUUGAGCUGAUCAAAAUAAAUUAAAACAUCCCUAUUCAGUUUGUCUGUUUUGGACUUCUUGCAAGUAAAAGCAAGCAAGCAAACAAACAAACAACUAAAGACAUACUACGUUUAUAAUUCUUUAGAUGUGCAUGUAUGAAAAUUAUAUUAACCCUUUAACCCUACAUUUUUCCUAUAUACUGUGCAUGUAUUCACUUUAUGUAAUUCACUUUAAGGAUUCAUUUUUAAUUUAUGAAGAUGCCUUGAAAAAAUGUGCAUCCUGGUGGAAAAAAAAAAGACUUUUAAGUUGAACAUGACAUGAAAUGACCAUUAUAACCAGUAAAUGUCAGACUGAACACUCAUUAGCUCAGUUCAGGGUAUCUGCAGGCUCAAAUUUAAGACUUUUUAAGAGUUUUUGGUAACACUUCCUAUGAAGCCCAUAAUUAUAAAACAUUAUAAGAGUAUUCUUAAGGCAUUAUAAUGAAUGCAUAACGCAUUAUAAUAAAAAAAAUUAUAAUGUUAUAUCAACUCAUGAAUAAUCAUAACAACAAUUAUGUCAUACUAAUGUAUUUGUGCUUUUAAGUUUAAGAUUAAGAUUUUUUAUAACACACAAUGAACAUCAUAUUAAAUCUACUUCAUGUACAGUUUAAUGGACUGUAUCAUAUCUUGACAUUGUUUAAGAUCUGCACAGUAUCUUACUACAGCUUGUGAGUGGUUAGAUGUUGAGUGUUACUUGAGUCUUUCCUGUGGAGCUAAUAUCUAUUAAUAGAUGUGAGCUUAAUACUCCAAUUGAAAAAAUUAAGAUAAAAAAAUGCUAUGUUUUAUAAGGUUAAAUUUUAUUUUGAUGGUCCCCUUAAUCAACUAUAAGCAACUUUGCAAAUACAUCCCAAUUAACUCAUUAGAGUAUUAGUAUGCUCAAGAAUGGUUGAAUCUAGUGUGGUAGAAUAAGCUGACGUACUUGCAAAUACACUUGUAGUCAGUUUAUCUGUAUCUGUUGAGCAUCAAAAUAAAGUGUUAGCAUAUAUUUAGCAGACAUACUAAUACUCAACUGACCGCUAGUUGAUAUGUAGUUGCAGAGUUAAUUAUCAACAGCUGUCUAAAGGGUACCAUAAAAAUAAUAAAACUGAUAUUAUAAUAAAAAUAGUUCAAAGCAAAUGUGUUAUAUCACACAUUAAUCUGAUAUCUGAAUUUAUGACUGUGAGAGAGAACAAUUAUUAUUAUUAUUAUUAUUAUUAUUAUCAUUACUACUACUACUUAUAAGUGGUCUUUGACUGCUUUGAGUAAAGUAGUAUCAGAAAAAUGACAAGAUAUGGGACUUAUAAUACAUUUAUAACUAUGAGAAAUAUAAUCCGUUGUAAAAGUGGAUGCAACGUGUUCAUUGUGUUAUACUCUCAAAAGAAGAGUUUGGCAAGCGAACAAUUGAAUGCUUGUCAAAUAGAAGAUGGGAUCAGUCAUUUCCAAAAUGUGGAGGUGUGAAGACACUCGCUGAUCUUUGUACACUGUAAAAAACAUCUACUUGGUUAUUAUAUCUAUAUCUAAAAUCAUAAGUUAAGCAGCUGCCUCAAAAUUUCAAUUAAAAACAAAAUAGAUUAAUG